CCUACCUAGGUAGGUAAGGAGAUUCCUAUCUUGGUAAUUCGAAUAAUGCUAAGGAAACGGGAUGGGUAGAGUGGCCCCUCAUACUCAUCUGUAUUCCCUUUGUAUUAUAUAGUUGUUCGUGCUCUAGGCACUUAGGUAGAUAGAGUAUCCGACUAGUGUCCAAUAAGCAUGCUGCGAUCGGGCAAGUAACCCGGGAAAAGCCGGUGCGGGGCACUUCAGGGGAAUCCAAGAUAUUUGACUGCCCUGUUAUCUCGAAUAGAUACUAGGGUUGGCACCUGAGCACCUAUCGUAUUAAUUCCAUCGUCCGACUUGCUAAGAAGCGAUGGAACCAGGACGGCCUUCCCGACGAUCAAGAGAAGGUUGCUGGACGUGUAAGAAAAGGCGUAAGAAGUGCGAUAACGGUUCGUCCCCGUGUAACAACUGCAAAAGACUAGGCUUGGAGUGUGACCGGGGUACCCGCCUCGUGUGGGAGGACGAUGUGCGUAGGGAUGGGAUGAAGAGGAGAGGGCCGCCAUUAAGAAAACCCAACGUAGAAGGAAAAUUAGGAUCGUCUCAUCUAAAAGACACUCUUACUUUGUCUAGUCCGCUAUUUGACCAGGGAGCGCUCACGUCGGAUGCGCGAAUAUUCCCUCAAGUUUCGGAUUGGCCAUUCGGUCUCGACUCUACGGAUUGCCAGCUACUGGACCGUUAUGUCCAACUUUUUUCCAAGACAUAUCCGACCUGUACAGAUCCAAAUAAUCCAUUUGUAAGAGUGUUCCUGCCGCUUUCAACUCGGAGUCGACCCGUCCUAGAUGCAGUAUUGGCUCUUAGCUGCGUUCAAAGCUGGGAGGAUGGCAACUUUACCAUGAGGAUGCCUAUGCUAAGAUAUCGGACCAAAGCAAUACGAGGAUGUAAGGAAAUGGUCUCUAGCAUGAUGAAAAAGUCGGGGUUUCAUCAUGAAACCCCCAUGACAUCAGUGGCGUUCGAUAAUGAAGAAAAUACCCAAUUAUUGGCAAUCUGCGUACUGCUUAUGUUAUACGAAAAGCUCAGCGGCGAAAGCCAAGAAAACGGGACAAUUCACCUACAGGUCUUUUCUCAACUUUUUCCGACGCAGCUCUUCGUUACCAUAUUAGACAAAAUCGCCUACGAACCGACAAUAAGGCACCAAAAUGACGCCAUAUCAUUUCUAUCGAACCUUUUCCUAUACAACGAUCUUGUCAGGUCAACGUCGUUACGGACAUCAACGUUAUCGGAUUUCUACUUUCAUAAGACUGCAGGCUUCCCAUGGACAGAAGAAAUGAUGAACCGCUUCUACUUCCCCAGUGUCAUAGCGCGGAUAAGUGCCAAUGAUAUAUCGGUGACCGAUGCGGAUAUUACUGCUUGGAAUGGGAGACUGGACUGGCUGCCAAGUUUUGCGCUCCAACCGGCAGAGAAAGACGAGAAGCGCGAGAAACUUCCCACUGAAGACACCGGCUUCGUGCACAAUCCGGGGUUUGAAGAUCUCGAGAGCUUCACUUGCGUAGGUACAUGGAAUGAGUCUACACUUACAUGUGAACUCUAUCGCGUAGCGGCUACCGUGUACAGAAAACAGUGUCAAUUAGACAGUCCCGACUCGGCUAUGGGGAACCUUCCGGCUUGGGCAAUCGCGAUUCUCCGUCGCAUACCCUUAGGCUCUCAGUAUGACACGGCUCUUCUUUGGCCGAUAGCUAUCGUUGCCAGAGAAUUUACGCAGUGGCAUGACCGGGAGUACGUCCUACUUCGGCUUCGAAUGCUCGAGGAACGAUUCAAAAUGAAGAAUUAUUGCGUUGUUCGUGAACAUCUACUCCAAAUUUGGAAAUAUCGAGAUAGUGGAAUCCCUUGUGAGAAUAUUCGAGUUUCUCUGUUCGGGUAGCAUGGAUUAUUAAUCUGUAAAUUCUUCAUCCUCGAGUAACACAUUGCUGACUCAUGUCGAGCAUUGACUGGUUAUAUGAGCGUCUACCAAUUGGGUUGAUUAUGACAAUUACCUAAUCAGAAUCCUACAAGUUUCGCUUCGGGCUUCUAUGUCAGGCUCAACUCUUCUCCCAAGGCUUAGGAGUACCUUCUUCAUAUUUUCCACCGACGGGUCUCCACAUAAGCCACCAAUCUGAAUGGUCACCAGCUUUCUUCACUGUUUCCUUCCACGCUUCGUCGGGAGUAUCUGUCUGGGGGCGAAUGACAUUCUUUUCGACAU